AUGGCUUCAGUCAUUGCUGGCAUGCUAAUCAUUAUCUACUAUUUACUCACUUCCUUAUGUGGUACCGUUAUUUUUAUGUCUCCUGCCUUCAUCUUUAUGUUAUGUUCUCCUAAACUGUUUCGCUGGUGGAAUGACCUUAUGUAUUGGUGGUGGUCCGCAUUUAUCACGGGUAUCUACGAGGUAUUUUUUGAUACGAAGGUAUUUGUAACUGGUGAUUUACCGCAAGAUCCGAAAGAAAGGUGUAUAAUAAUUAUGAAUCAUCGGACUAGACAAGAUUGGUUGCUAUUUUGGGCCGUUUCACAUCGUUACUUUGCGGUGGAAAAUAUCAAAAUUAUCUUACGUGGCGAUUUGAAAUAUGUCCCUGGAGUUGGAUGGGGUAUGCAAAUGUUGAAUUUUAUAUUCCUUAAGCGGAAAUGGGAAAAGGAUCGAAUCGUGUUUAGUAGAACCUUAGAUUAUUUUAAUGAUAUUGAUUAUCCGGCUAAGAUUAUAAUCUUUCCUGAGGGAACCAACUAUGAAGAAAUAUCUGCUUUGAGAGGCUAUAAAUAUGCUAAUAUACAUGGUUUGCAACAGUAUGAGUACUGUCUUCAUCCACGAGUGACCGGCUUUGCCUUUCUUGUUAGUAAACUUCGUGAAAAAAGAUUAGAUGCUGUUUAUGAUGUCACCGUUGCGUAUCCUAAGACUAUGCCUCAAAGUGAAAUGACCUUACUUAAAGGCAACAUUCCAGAAGAAUUACAUUACCAAAUAAAACGUUAUGACAAUUCCGAAUUGCCUGAGGACCAAGAAGAAUUAGGUGAAUGGUGUAAAAAGCGUUGGGCAGAGAAAGAAGACCGACUACGCCAGUUUUAUACUGUAGAUAAAACAUUUGAUGGUAAUAAUACUCCUGAUACUACUGGGAAGUUCAAAUUUAUUUUAGCAACGCUGUUUUGGAUUCUAAUUGUCCCUAUAUCAAUGUAUUUAACGUAUUACAAUACUAUCCUGAGAUAUCAUGUAAUCAUUGUCUCAUCUUUAUAUUUCAUCUGUGGCUAUAUGCGUGGUUUGGAGGUUAUAUCGAUAGAUUGGUACUAUUAUUGGUACGGAAAAAAGAAACGCAAUUAG